UCAAAUCAAAUUAGAAAAAGACCGAGAAUAGUUCUCUAGAAAGCAAAACCCAACUCUCUCCCUUUCUUUUUCCAUCACCUUUUCUGUUCCAAUUGUCACACAGAUUCUUCCUCCUUCAACUUUUUCUCUCCAGCACUUGCCACAUCCAUGACAAAGGAGCACUCUCCAGAUAAAACCCAUCACCACCUCCCUAAAAUGACCGAAGAAGAAGAUCAUAAAAAAAACCCCACCACAAAAAAACGAUACAUGGCUCCAAUUUACACCAGCGGCCCCUACAGAUCCAUCUGCACCUGCCUCUCCAUCUUACUCCUCCUCGCCGGCGUCACCGCCCUCACCCUCUGGCUCGUCUACCGCCCCCACAAACCCCAGUUCACCGUCGUCGGCGCCGCCGUCUACGACCUCAACGCCACUUCCCCUCCCCUCAUCUCCACCACCAUGCAGUUCACCCUCGUCACCCACAACCCCAACCGCCGCGUGUCCAUCUACUACGACCGCCUCUACGCCUUCGUGUCGUACAAGAACCAGGCGAUCACACCACAGGUGGCCCUGCCGUCGCUGGUGCACGAGCAUCGGAGCACGGUGGCGGUGUCGCCGGUGCUGGGCGGCAGGGCGGUGCCGGUGUCGUUGGAGGUGGUGAACGGGCUGACGGUGGACGAGGCGUACGGCGUAGUGGGGCUGAGGGUGGUGGUGAUGGGGAGGCUGCGGUGGAAGGCCGGUGCGAUAAGGACUGCGCAUUAUGGGGUUUAUGUCAAGUGUGAUGUUUUGGUUGGGUUGAAGAGAGGGUUUGUGGGUCAAGUUCCUUUGCUUGGAAAUCCUUCAUGUCAAGUUGAUAUAUGAUAACUUGUUCAAUUUUCAUGUCACUUGAAUAUGUUUCCUUUUCUUUUUAUUGUACUUAUGAUCAUCCCAAGUUUUUUUGUUCUUCAUUUCCCUUUGAAUCUGUAAGAGUAAUUAAUCAAUUUGAGCUCUGCAUAUCUUCAAUUU